AUGCUUCGUAGUGCUGCCGUGUGCCCGAGGUCCCGGAGCUUCUGGCGGUGGGGACGAGCUGGAUUUGUGCCCAGCAUCCCCUUCACCCCACGCACGCACGCUGAGCGGGACAUCGGUACCCACCACCAGAAGAAACCUCUUCAGAAAGAGGAAGGGGACCGGCGCCUGACGUGGGAGAGGAACCUGCGACUGGUGACGCUGCACAAUCUGGAGCACUCUCUGGGGCUGCACUCCUACCAGCUGGGCAUGAACCACCUGGCAGACAUGACCAGCCAAGAAGUGGCGGCUCUGUUAACCGGGCUGAACGUUGCUCCUCGUCUAAACCGGACCUCCACGUACCGACCGCGGCCUGGCAGCAAAGUACCGGACCCGGUGGGUUUGGUCACGGAGGUGAAGAACCAGGGCGCUUGUGGGUCGUGCUGGGCGUUCAGCGCCGUGGGAGCCCUCGAAGGCCAGGUGAAGCUGAAGACGGGGAAGCUGGUGUCCCUGAGCGCCCAGAACCUCGUUGACUGUUCCAUGAUGUAUGGCAACAAGGGCUGCAGUGGAGGUUUUAUGACCAUGGCUUUCCAGUACAUCAUCGACAACCAAGGGAUUGACUCCGAUGAUUCCUACCCCUACACGGCGCAGAAUGGGACGUGUCAGUACAACGCUUCCACACGAGCCGCCACGUGCUCCAAGUACGUUGAGCUCCCAUACGCCGAUGAAGCAGCCCUGAAAGACGCCGUAGCCAACAUCGGGCCAAUCUCCGUCGCCAUUGAUGCCACCCAGCCCACCUUCUUCUUGUACAGGUCAGGUGUGUACGAUGACCCCCGGUGCACCCAGGAGGUGAACCACGCAGUACUGGUGAUCGGCUACGGCACCCUAAAUGAUAAGGAUUACUGGCUUGUGAAAAACAGCUGGGGCGUGCGUUUUGGUGACGAGGGCUAUAUCCGCAUGUCGAGGAACCACGCGAACCAUUGCGGGAUCGCCAGUUAUGCCUCUUACCCGCUCAUAUAGACGGAC